CAGCUGACUUCCGGGUUGUGGAUGUGUGUGUCUGUUUUUUUUUUGGUUGGAGCUCUAUGAAAUUCUCGGAGUUUCACCGGCCGAAAGGAAAACCCUCGAGUGUCCAACGCGAAAAGGAGCCCGAUCCCCAUGGCUGCAUCUGCUCAGAAUGAGGGCCUGCUGGAGUGUGUAAAUGAAUCUGUUCAUAGUGUGCUGAAGUUAAUACCCCGUGGACUGACUUUAGGGCCCUCUCUAGCUAAAGAUGGACAGAUGGGGUUGUGGUGUGUUGGAUGGGCUUUACAGACUGGAACACUUCUGGGGCUGCAAGAUCAAGAAAAAGUGCCAGUAAAAGAAGAUACAGCUGAAGUGAGCCGAUGCCUAGAAGGAGCUAAGGGACAAAUUUCAGACAGAACAUACUGGAUGAGGUUUGCUUGUAGCGCUCCAAGUGAAGAUCAGAAGAAUGUCAUCGUACACGAGGUGGAUGGAAGACUGUGUUUCAAGACCUGUAAGGACAUCAGUCAGGGAACAGAGCUCCUGGUCUGGCCAGAAGUUGUGAAAAUUCUGAAUGAACCUGUGAAGAAUAAUGUAGUGAAGAUAACCGGAGAACUCUGCAAUCAGAAAGCACCACAGAGGGCAAGAGAGAACGAGUCACUAAAGCCUGCUUCUAUAACACAGGGCUCUGAGGGGGAAGCAAAACUGAAGGGAUGCAAUGCAGAUAGGAAUGUACUGGAAUGCAAAGACAGAUAUGAAAAAGAAGUGAUGGAUACAUGUGGUACUGAGACAUUGGGGAAUAUUGCUGGAGACGCAGCACUGGAGCUAGCAAAACCACCUGAGCAGCUUCAAAUGGCAGUGAGAGCAAGCUGUCGCCUGGCAAAGAAACCUCACAUAGUACAUUCACUAAGCAGGCAUUUAACCAAGCAAUCACAAAGGCAAAAAAGAGAGAUUGCGACACAUGUUACCAAAAACUCUAAGACCAAACAGACUACACCUGAAAAUGGACAAGAAAUCCAAGAGAUCUCAGUCCACACGGAGAAUGCUAACACAAAUGAUAAGCCCAAGGAAGGUUCUGGGAAUGUGCAAAGAGGAGUGGAAGGUUCUGAAGACAUUGAGAAUCCACGAGAGCGCAAAUACAAGUGUGAUGAGUGUGGAAAAAGUUUCUUCCAGCUUUGCCACUUAAAGAAGCACAAGACCACACACUCUGAGUUGAAGCCAUAUGCCUGUACAGAGUGUGGAAAGCGCUACAGAUCCAAGGAGAGUUAUCAUGCCCACUUACUGGCACACGGAGGACAGCGACCUUACAAGUGCCAGCACUGUGACAAGAGCUAUGGUCUGAAACGUGACCUCAAGGAGCACCAAGUGCUACACACAGGUGAGAAACCGUUUGUGUGUGAUGUGUGUGGCAAAAGUUUUGCACGUCGACCUUCUCUACAUGCCCACAAAGUUGUCCAUGAGGACAAAAAGGUCCCCAGGAUCACAUGCCCAGAGUGCAGCAAAGAACUGGCCAACCAGAACUCUCUUAGGGCCCACAUGCGUUUACACACGGGUGAGCGGCCGUAUGCAUGCCCGCACUGUGCCAAACGUUUCCGCCAGCGUUACAACCUGCAAGGGCACCUGCGCCUCCACACAGGCGAAAAACCCUAUGGGUGCCCACACUGUGAGCUCCAUUUCUCACACGCACCUGAGCUAAAGCGGCAUCUGAUUUGCCACACAGGUGAAGCAUACCUCUGCCCUGUGUGUGGCAAGGCACUGCGGGACCCACAAACACUGCGGGCUCAUGAGCGUUUGCAUGCAGAUGACAGACCCUAUAAGUGCCAGGAUUGUGGGAAAGGGUAUACCCUGGCAACCAAGCUUCGCAGGCACAUGAAGUCACACAUGGAAGAAAAGCCAUACAAGUGUGAGGUAUGUGGAAGCAGAUACACGUUGAUGCAAAGUCUACAGCGCCACCUGAGAACACAAGCAGGUCGGACAAAAGCCGGACACACGGCGCCAACUAAAGGGCGUCCUAGAAGAUCAAGCCAUAAAGAGAGGGAGCAAUGGGAGGGUGAUGGAGGGCAGCAGAAAAAGGACCAAGCUUUGUUUUUUGUUCACAACCUGCAGCAUCCCGGGAUGACACCUCACUCUGUUACAGAAACCGAAGGAGGUUUGGAACAAAUGGAACUCAGUCAGGACGUUAUAGAGAUUGUUGUGUCCUCUGACAGUACUAAGUGCUUUCUGGUUCAAGCACAGGACACUUCUGCUGAGUGUAUUGUUUUACAUCAGCAGGAUGCUAAUGCUAAGUGUAUACCAGUAGAGAACCAGGAUGAGAACACUAAAUAUAUUGUGGAAGAGCAGGUCGAGAACAGUAAUGUAGUUGUAAUACAAGGUCAUGAUGAACUAAACUCGGUGGCAGAGACCAUUGAAAUAGAGAUGGCUAUUGAUGACUGAAUAUAUCGAAUAUGCUGUUUUUUCUCGCUGCUCAGUGACUUGCCACACUUCAUUAGAAGGUUAUUCUAAAAGCAGUCAAAGACAUUAGUAAAUAUUGACUCAUCUGUACACUGAACCUUGUGUCAUCACUGUUUGUGCCAGAUCUGAGCACUGUGGACUAAACAAAUCUCUUCUGAAAAAUGACUUGUUUAUUAGUGUUUCAACUAUUACCAAUUUUUUUUUUUUUUCAGAUUUAGUAGAAUUUAUCACAGAUUGUGUAUUGUACAGAUUGUGAAGGUCAAUUUAUUAAAUAAAUGA